AUGCCAGCUGGUGUGUCUUGGGGCCAAUAUUUAAAAUUUAUGUCCUGUGCCGUUUUAUCAAUGAUGGCCGGUUCACAAUUGGUUCAUAUGUACUAUAAGCCUUUGGAAGACUUAGAUGUGUACAUAGACAAAGAAGUGGAAGAGGUUUCAAAAACGAAAGGCGUAAAAUUAAGUGGGAUAUCAAUUAAGAAAACAGAUCCUACAACUAAUGCGACAUAAAUAAUGCACAGAAAUAAAUAACUAAACAAAAUUAGAA